CCGGCGUGCCCCGCGCUCGGCCGCCGCAGCCGCCGCUCCUCUCCGCGCCCCGCUCUCCGGGCAGAGCCUCCCGCACCGCCGCGGGGCCUCCCCUCUCCCCGCCAGCAUGUCCGGCGGCGACUCCACCACCGCUACCGCCGCCGCCUCCCCGCAGCCUCUACCGUUCUCUCUGCCGAAACCUCCGCCGCUGAUGCAGCUGACUCCGGGCGACGCGGUGCGGCCGGUGGGGUCGGGCGCGGACCAAUCACCGAAGAGCGCGCGGCUGGCGGCGCGCCCUGAUUGGGCGGCGGGGAAGCCGGUCAGCCUGCUGGCGCCGCUGCUGCCCCCUCGCGGCGAGCCCGAGCCGCUGCUGCCCUUCGGGCCCGCCGCGCCGCGCCCGCCCCUGCGCGGCCGCCUGCUCGGCCGCUGCGGCGGCUCGCUGCUCAGCCCCGCCAUGCGGCCCGCCGCCGUGGACCGCGCCUCGCUCAUGAUGGGCCACCCGGGAAUGCCGCACUACCCCCCGAUGGGGAUGCACCCCAUGGGGCAGAGACCCCCCAACAUGCCCCCGGUUCCCCACGGGAUGAUGCCACAGAUGAUGCCCCCCAUGGGGGGACCCCCGAUGGGGCAGAUGCCUGGAAUGAUGCAGUCGGUGAUGCCUGGAAUGAUGAUGUCCCACAUGUCCCAGGCUGCCAUGCAGCCCACGGUUCCUCCAGGCGUGAACAGCAUGGAUGCACAAGUAGGAGUGACCCCUCCUGGGACUCAGACAACACAUCCCGUGGUCUCCACAGUCCAGCAGAGCUCCACCAGCAGCAGCUCUGCCAGCGAGGAGCACUCCAAGCAGAAAUCCACGUGGACGGAGCACAAGUCCCCGGAUGGAAGAACUUACUACUACAACACCGAGACCAAGCAGUCCACGUGGGAGAAGCCAGAUGACCUCAAAACCCCUGCUGAGCAAUUGUUAUCCAAGUGUCCCUGGAAGGAGUAUAAAUCAGAUUCUGGGAAGCCUUAUUAUUACAAUUCCCAAACAAAGGAAUCUCGCUGGGCAAAACCCAAAGAGCUGGAGGAUCUUGAAGCAAUGAUUAAAGCUGAAGAAAACAGCACGAAGCCGGAGGAUGUGGCCGCCGCCUCGGCUGUGGCCGUGGCCGGGGACGCCCCGAGCGGGGCCGGCGCGGCUCCGGCGGCCGACGGCGCGGCGGCGACCACGGCUGCCCCGGCGGGAGCCGCUCCUGAGGGGGACCCAGCCCCGGCUGCCACCACGGGGGACACGGACGGUGCUGGCACAGCCACAGCUGAGGAGCAGGGCCAGGGCGGUGCCGCGCCCGGCACGCAGGAUGGUGGCACCGACACCGCCGCGGCCACCACGGAUGAGGCGGCCAAGCAAGAGGGCGCGGGAGAUGCUGCUGCAAAGAAGGAGGAUGAGGAUGCCCAACCAGUUAAAAAAACCUACACGUGGAACACAAAGGAAGAGGCCAAACAAGCAUUUAAAGAACUGCUAAAAGAAAAGCGAGUUCCAUCCAAUGCUUCCUGGGAGCAGGCCAUGAAAAUGAUCAUUAAUGACCCCAGAUACAGUGCUUUGGCAAAACUGAGUGAAAAGAAGCAGGCCUUUAAUGCCUACAAAGUUCAGACAGAGAAGGAGGAGAAGGAAGAAGCCAGAUCCAAGUACAAGGAAGCCAAGGAAUCCUUCCAGCGCUUCCUGGAAAACCACGAGAAGAUGACAUCCACCACCAGAUACAAAAAAGCUGAACAGAUGUUUGGGGAGAUGGAAGUGUGGAAUGCCAUAUCCGAGCGGGACCGGCUGGAGAUUUAUGAGGAUGUUCUGUUUUUCCUGUCCAAGAAGGAGAAGGAACAAGCCAAGCAGCUGCGGAAGAGGAACUGGGAAGCUCUGAAGAACAUCCUGGAUAACAUGGCCAACGUCACCUACUGCACCACCUGGUCGGAGGCCCAGCAGUACCUCAUGGACAACCCCACCUUUGCCGAGGAUGAGGAGCUCCAGAACAUGGAUAAGGAGGAUGCCCUGAUCUGUUUUGAGGAACAUAUCAGGGCCUUGGAAAAAGAGGAGGAGGAAGAGAAGCAGAAAAGUUUGCUGAGGGAAAGGAGGAGGCAACGUAAAAACAGGGAAUCUUUCCAGCUGUUUCUGGAUGAGCUGCACGAGCACGGGCAGCUGCACUCCAUGUCCUCCUGGAUGGAAUUGUACCCAGCCAUCAGCUCCGACAUCAGGUUCACCAGCAUGCUCGGCCAGCCUGGAUCAACUGCACUUGACCUGUUCAAGUUUUACGUGGAGGAUUUAAAAGCUCGUUACCACGAUGAGAAGAAGAUAAUUAAAGACAUCUUAAAGGAUAAAGGAUUUGUGGUGGAAGUGAACACUUCCUUUGAGGAUUUUGUCACUGUCAUCAGCUCCACUAAAAGAGCCACCACGUUGGAUGCAGGGAACAUCAAGCUGGCUUUCAACAGUCUGCUGGAGAAGGCGGAAGCGCGGGAGCGGGAGCGGGAGAAGGAGGAGGCCCGGAAGAUGAAGAGGAAGGAAUCAGCCUUCAAGAGCAUGCUGAAACAAGCCACCCCCCCCAUCGAGCUGGAUGCUGUCUGGGAGGAUAUCAGAGACAGAUUUGUGAAGGAACCAGCAUUUGAAGACAUCACCCUGGAAUCUGAAAGGAAAAGGAUAUUUAAGGAUUUCCUUCAUGUACUUGAGCACGAGUGUCAACACCACCACUCCAAGACCAAGAAACAUUCGAAGAAAUCCAAAAAACAUCACCGGAAGCGCUCCCGUUCCCGCUCCGGCUCAGAGUCCGAGGAUGACGACAGCCACUCCAAGAAGAAGCGGCAGCGCUCGGAGUCGCGGUCGGUGUCGGAGCGUUCUUCCAGCGCCGAAUCCGGUACGGGGUGGGGUGGGAUUGGCUUUACACCAGCUGUGCUCUUCUCCUUUGGGAUUUAUCCACUGAUUCCUGGGGGGUUUUUCUUUCUCCCUGUGGCUGCAGAGAGGAGUUACAAGAAGUCCAAAAAACACAAGAAGAAGAGCAAGAAGAGGAGGCACAAGUCUGAUUCGCCAGAAUCCGAUGUGGAACGAGAGAAGGACAAGAAGGAAAGAGAGAGGGACAGUGAGAAGGAAAGAGCCAGACAGAGAUCCGAGUCCAAGCAUAAAUCCCCCACUAAAAAACGGCCUGGAAAAGAUUCCGGAAACUGGGACACCUCCGGCAGCGAGCUCAGCGAGGGGGAGCUGGAAAAACAGAGGAGGACUCUUUUGGAACAGCUGGAUGAAGAUCAGUGAGAAGAUCCUUGAUACCAAAAACGUUUACAGGUGGCAAAAUAAAACCAAGCCUUGUGUGGGCAAGGCCCUGGGGCCGGUGGCCGGUGGCCCAUGGCCACAACAAGGGUGGCUUUUAGUUUUUUACCACUUCAAUCCAGUCAAAAGUAGAAAAAUCCAUGGAAUUCUGAGGGCAAAGCUGUGCCUGGCCUGGAGCUGCGGGGCGGGAUGGGAUCCCCUGGAGGGGACACAGAGGUGGCAGCAGUGUCCCCAAGCACUUUCCCGUGUCCUUCCCAAGGCAGGGAACAACCCUGGGCUGUCUGGGCAGAGCCCAGCUCAGCUUUGGGGAAAAAACUCCUGAUUUAAUUCCUUGUGCUUCUGUUCUUUGAUGGAUUUGCUUGGGUGGGAUUUUUUUUUGGGAAGGCAGCAGGAGUAAGGAAUCCAUGUCUUGAUGUGUUCUGCAAUCCCCUGGAUUUUGGGGUUGUUUGGCACUGGGGCUUUUGUCCAGGACUGAUCUGUGUCCCAACUCCAUCGAUCCCAAAUGCCAGGGAAUGCUGUGGAUGGGAAUUGUGCUGUGCCAGCAGAGGGAGCGUGUGGGACACGAGCACCUCGGCAUUCCCAAAAUCCCAGCCCGGCCCUGGCUGUUACUCCAGCGUUUCUCUCCACCUUUUCUCCCCCCCUUCCGAAAACUUAGGAAUAAAAAUCCAAUGUUAAACGCAAUUCCAUGUGUUGCCUUAAGAACCUGCUGCAGAAUGUACCUGCACAGCCCCGAGGAGGGAGGAGAAGCAGCUCCAGCCCUGUUUUCCAACACGUUCAGGGAGGUGCCCCGGCCCUACUCGGUGAGAAAAUUGGGAAGCCGCUGUCCUUGGAAUAUUUUUGUACAUUUUUAUCAAUGAUUAAACCUUGUCUUUUAGCA